AUGGAAGCAGGAUUACAGUUGGAUAAAGUUUAUAAAAUAAUUAAAUUUAACCAAUCGCCGUGGCUUCGAAGUUAUAUUAGUCUUAACAUUGAAAAAGGGAAGCACGCUGUAACCGAUUUUCAUAAAGAUUUUUAUAAAUUAAUGAACAGUAGCGUCUUCGGUGAGUAAAAUAAAUUAAAUUAAAUAAACUUAAUACAUUUACUUAACUUUAUAGGUAAAACGAUGGAAAACGUGAGUUUACGGAUGAAAAUGAAACUCGUUCGCUGUCCUAAAAGAUAUGGAAAAUUGAUUAAUAAAUCAAAUUUCAAAUCGUGUACGAUUUAUAACGAAAAUCUUGUAGCGAUCCAUCUACACAAAGACAUAGUGGAAUUCAACAAAUCGAUUUUUGUAGGGUUUUCAGUUUUGAAUAUUUCCAAAAAUUUAAUGUAUAAUUUCCACUACAAAACAAUGAAAAAAAUGUAAUUACAUGAUAACAUAGAAUUCUGCUAUAUGGAUACUGGUAAAUAAAUACGGAGGAAAUUAUUUAAUAUUAUUUAUUUAAAAUAAUAAUAAUAAUUUUUUUUUUUCAGAUUCUCUAAUAUACUCAAUUCAAACCCGUGAUUUUUAUGAUAACGUCAAAAACAAGCUUGGUUUUCUAGAUACGAACACUGAUUAGGACCGGUUACUGAUUUGAAAGAAAAUGAAAAGCUCGAGGCGAUAAAGGUAUAAGCCCGUUGGACUCGGCGUGUAGAGAACAUGAUUUGGCUUACGAUCGCAGUAAUUCAGUAACGGACCGUAAUAAAGCAAAUAUAUUGGAAAAUCGAGCUUGGGAAAGGUUUCAAACAAAAGACGCAAACUUUAAAAAAAAAGCAUCGCCGUGGACGAUCACUACGGCUAUGAAAACUAAACGUAAAUUGGACGCGGGUUGUGGAUUCAAGGCUGCCGUUAAGUAG